AUGUUACAAUUUCAACUAGAGACUUGGGUGCUUUUAUUUCAAAUCGAGUUGGCUUUAUAUUAUGUAAGUACAACGAUCAGUGUACUUAUUGUACCAAACAUAUCAAAGUGGGAAUGGUUGACAAAUUACAGCGGUCAUGGAGAUAUUAAAGGUAAUGACAGGCAUCGGCUUCUUUCAAGGCUACAGGUUCCUAAACACUGGUUCUGGCACUUCUAUGCAUUUGGAUUUCUACUGAUCGUGUCCUAUGUGUACUUUUUGCUUUCGACUUUGCGGCAGAACCCAGUGGUACAAACGGCAAAGACGGAAUUACUGUAUAGUAGAAAAUUACAAGUGUCGUUGGUGCUUUAUGGGACUCAUAUGCUACGUCGGUUGUAUGAAAGCAUUCGCUUUCGUAAUACAGGAUCCAAAAUGCAAAUAACACAUUAUUUGUUGGGAUACUUUUUCUAUUCACAUACCUUUCUAGCUAUUGUAAUCGCAUGCCUAGGAAACUAUGAACAAUAUAUGAGCUGGAGACAAGGAAUGGGUUUAACGUUGUACGUUUUUGGGAGCGUGUGGCAGAAUGCGAGCCAUGAACAUUUAAUUGCGCAAAAAAAGCAACGUUCCUAUCUUCCCCUCCAAAAAAGUGGAUUUCGUUGGAUUGCAGGAGCUCAUUACUUUGGAGAAGUCAUUAUAUAUACAGGGUUCUUAUGCAUCAUCAACCACUGGAUCCUGUGGCUUGUUUAUGGAUGGAUUUUGGUCAGCAUGACGAAUAUCGCAACAUCUUACUCUAAAACAUUCCAAAAAGCGAAAACUACUGAGAGCCGGCCACAGUGGAUCCUUUUCCCAUUCCUUUAUUGA